ACCGUAUCAAUAUAAAGGCAAAAACAAUACGUGAGUGGAACAGUGCUAAUUGAUUUUCUUGACGUGUAUAAAUAUUCUGAAGAAAGAUGUCUUUCCUUGGCAAGGAGUACGUUUUGGAGAAGCAAGAGAACUACAAUGAAUUCAUGGAAACAUUGGGCGAAACCGUGUCGGAGAAAAAGAGGAAGGAGGUCAUGGACUUCAAGGCCCGCAACAAAGUGACGAAGAAUGGAGACGAGUAUACAUUAUCAGUGACUGUGGUGGAAGGGUUCACCCACGAGAUCACCUUCAAGAGCGGCGUGCCCUUCGAUGAGAAAAUCAGAGAGCAUACGUCAAAAUCGGUGAUCACCGUGGAAGGCGACACACUCACUCACAUCCAGAAGUUUGGUGACAUUGUCACCUUCACUCACAAGAGGGUCUACUCCGGGGAUACCAUGGUGCUGACGACUACCUCUAGCAAUUGGAACGGAGAAGCGAAGAGAUACUUCAAGGCCGUUUAGUUUCUACUUAUUUUAUAAUUAAGAUUAGUUUAUACCAUCACGCCUGUAU